AAAUUAACCUAAAGAAAAAUCGUAUAACAAAAAAAAAGGUCAUACCAAAUUAUUGACAGAUUUGUAUAGUGUUUUCCGAGAUAUUAAAAUUUUUUUUUCGAUUUUUCUUAACCAAAUUCGCCAAAUUGGUACCCUGACCUAGAAUUUAUAUAUUAAUUUUGUAAAACAAGUCACCCAGUUUUGGGCGACAUCUUUUAAUUUUUUUUAAUUAAUAUGACUUAGUCAAUCAUUGAUAGUGCCAGACUGCUGGCAAAGCCAGUCAUUGUGUUAAGAGUGACAGGUACUGGUGUUAUCAAGACCACUGAUUAAGUUAUUGGUCUACACCCUCAAGGGACGUUCCUUGAUGCUGAUGAGGUGCUCUUGAUCUAGGGAAAUGGAUCUGUGCUCCAGUUCUUUGAAUUGAGUCUGAAUACCUUCUAUCAUCCCCACAGGUGCUGUAUAAUCCCUACGGGUUUAGCGCUCCCCCAUAAUUAUAAUAUUGCUCUACAUAACCGGGAGCUUUCUAUAAAUGUAAGGUUGCCCCUGAAGAUGGAAUCAAGAGAGAAGUAUAGCAAGGAUACAUACUAUGUGUUAGGUCAGACCAUCAGUCACGAGGAGGACCUGCUACACGAGUUUAAGGGUCACCGUAACAUUUCCAUUCAUGAUAUACCUAGCCAUGCCCUUGCGAGUGCUGGGGCAAAAGAACGAACCAGGAACGCUGUCUCUGUGUAUGUAUCAGUGCUUCAUUAUGUAUUACACCACCUGUUUGCCUGUGUAUCACAGCACCUGUAUGUCUAUGCAUCACAGCACCUGUAUAUCUAUGUAGCACAGCACCUGUAUGUCUAUGUAUCACAGCACCUGUAUGUCUAUGUAUCACAGCACCUGUAUGUCUUAUGUAUCACAUCACCUGUUUGUGUAUGUAUCACAGCACCUGUAGGUUUAUGUACUGCAGUACCUUUGUGUUUAGAGGAUGUGAGGCGGUUGCUGGUGCAUCGUGUUCAGGAGCAUUACACACUCAAAGUGGAAGCACUUCAAAAUGAAUACAAGGCACUCCAGUGCCUGGCACAGAAGCACAGUAUAAAGAUCCUACCACCUGUGCACCAUAAUACUGAUGACCGUGGCACUAAGAGGUAACGAAAUGUAAGCUUUUAUCUUUCACAGAAAAGGGAGAAUUGGUACUUGUAAACAGUUUGUGUAUUUAAAAAUGCAUAAAAUAGAUUUUUGUUAUAUUUAUGUGGAAGCACUAAAUUCUGGUUGCUGGUGUACAUUGACUUUGAAAGGCACAGAGAAGGCUGGUGGGUCACUACUGGGCUGAGGUGAAAUACUUGUGGAUCGUAGGUUUGGUUUGUGGACUGAUAUUGAUGCAGAGUUGUCAUUAAAUGAUGGUUGUACUGUAGUACUCAGGUAUUCUGUAAUGCAUCUCUGGUAUGUUUUCCUCUCAAAUAAGUAUGAGCUGUAUGACCCUUGUAGGUUUAGCGCUUAGUUUUGAGUGUAAUAUCAUCAGUCGAGGUUCUCUACACAUACGCUGCUAUGUAUGAUCUAUGUAACUGCAUUUGUGUAUACAUGAAUAUGGCAUGGAAUGGGUGCACACACACAGAACUGGCUGUAUGGGAGUAUGGGAGAUCUGCAUUAAGAGAGAGAUUAGCCCCCACCCAUAAAUACAAUGGCUGUGCUUGUUGGUUGGUCAUGAGGUACAGCAUGCCAUCGUUUACACUAAAUUUAUGCCAUGCUAAACAAAGGUUACAGCAUGCUCAUUGAAAAUAUACAGUAAUUUUUUCACCUGUGUUGUGGCAAAAAUGUGUGGAAAGAGCACAUGUAAAAUGAUAAAUAUAUAAUGGUUGUGGAGAUUCUCCAUAAUUUUGUAUAAAACAUUUUAAAGAUAAAUUUGAAGUUAUUGAUAUUAUAUAUGAUUUACUAAGAAAAAAGCUUUCAAUACUAGUAAUGAAUAUUGUACAUAAUACUGCUCAGAAAUGGUUCUCGAAUAAUUAGAGCAAACAGGUGGCAGUUGUCUAGAACAGUAAAGCAGCAGAUUGUGCAAGGCUGAAAGGGACUCACAGGUUAAUGGUCCUACAUUCAUCACACAAUAAGACUCAGGCUCAGUCCUCUGCAAAUUCAGACGUACAAACAAGUCUCCUUACAACUGAUGAUGUGCCGAUUCACUUAGCAUUACAUAGGUACCUAGCUGUUAAUCGAGUGUUGUGGGUUGCAUCCUGAGGAAGAGGUUCAAAGGAGCCCAGUGGAUAUAAGCUACACUGCUUGGUUUUCUUUACUUACCUGGGUUAAUCCUCCCCAGGAUUAUACUCUGAAAAUCUUUCCUUCUCCAGCUUUUAAUGUGAUGGUGUUUGGAUAUUAUUUCUUCCUCUUCCUUAAGGAAUGAGAGAGUUGUUAUUCACCUACUUUACUUAAGGGUUUUUAAUCCUUGAUAUUAUCGCAAAAACAGGCACUGUGUGACUGUUUAGUGCUUCAUGAAUACAGUACUGUAAUAAUAGUAAAAAAAAUGUUAAGGUAACCCAUCAAAGACUUCAGAUUGGAUUCUUAAAUCAGUAUUUGGUUAUCUUCUUAAGAAAGUGGUGGAAGCAAUCACAGCACCAACAAUUCUGUUCAUGGAAAAAACACAGAAUGGGUGGAGUUUGAACCCAUGGCGAGUCAGGCCUAAAACCUAAACCCCACCCGUUCUGUGGUUUAAUACUGGGUUUGUGAAUAUAAUAAGGAAAAUGAUAAUAGUAAAGACACUUUGCAGAACAAGCUUUUAUUGGAAGAACAGUUCACCUUGUAUCAAGUCAUAACUUGAUACAGCUACACACACAAAAGUCAUCCCAGUUAAUGCUUGUUCUACAAUUGUCAGCAGUACAUUAUUUAGAUCCAGUAAUAAUAAUGGCAAAAUGACACCUUGUGAAACUGUAGUAACAUGAUCAUAAAAAAAAUUCACAGAAUUGCUUACAGUCCUGAAACUGGUAGCUCAGUGCACUCGGUGUUCUGUGAGAGAUUUACUAUUAUGUUAUGAUUUCUAAAGUAAGUUGAUAAUGGCCUUGCAUGGGCUUGCUAUAGCCAUUUUGUUGUUUGAUUAUUGUGUAAAAACCUACAUUGUGGUCAGUGAUGCCCAUGCUAACCUUCCUAAGGUAUACUAUAAUUGAAAUACGUAUAUUACAUCUUAGUUAAAGAAAUCUCAUAAGGUUGGCAUGGUACAGUGGUUAGUGCACCGGCCUGCCACUCUUAGGACUAGCAUGCCAAGUGUUCUCAGCACUGUAUGACUAGCGAGUUUAGUGCUUCUUUUUGAUUAUAAUAAUUGCCAUGUUCAAAUCCUCAGUUCUGUGACAUGGUAAAGACACUAUGCAGAGCAAAUCUUUAUUUACAGACAUUUUGCUAUAAGUAGAGCUUUAUCACAUCAUUCAAUUGAUAAAGCUAUACUGUACUUAAAUUGAAUUAUUAUUAUUUUGGAAAAGCAUAAACUUGUAAGGGUAAUUCAGCACAUUGGGAAUGGAAAGCAGUCAGGUUUGAUCUGAGGAACAGGAGGACAGGUUCAGUUCCUUGGAUCAAGAGUACCCCUCACCAGCAGCAAGGCACCUCCCUUGGGUACCUACACCAAAACAUGAGUAAGACUUUUUCUUUAUUUAUUUAUUUAUUAAUUAAUUUGAGCAUACAUACAGAGGUACAAAAAAAAUACAGGUAAGAGCAGCAUGCCAAAGCCACUUAUAUGCAUAGCAUUACGGGCUGGCUUAAAAUUAACUUAAGAUUAACUAAGCAAUGAUGAAAUCAGUGAUAAGACAUUAUUGUAAACAGAUAACUAUAAAGCACAAAUGAGUACUAUAUAUGUUCUAGCAUGUGUAUAAUAGCAUCAUUAGUAUUUUUAUUAGGCCUGAAUCCAAAUUGGCAGGGGUUGAGUAUGUUUUGGGAGAUGAGGUAGGAGUAGAUUCGUUUAUGAAUUAAUUUUUCGAAGAUUUUUGAGAGAGGGUGUAAAUUGGAUAUUGGCCUAUAGUUAUUCAACUCUGUUUGGUCUCCUCCUUUAUGGAUCGGGGUGACCCUUGCUAUUUUGAGAACUGUAGGGAAGGUGGAGGAUUCAAUGGAUUUGUUAAAGAGUGUUGCAAUGAUUGGUGAUAGCACUUGUGACACUUUUUUGUAUAUAAAGGGUGGUAAGGUAUUUAAAUCUCCUGCCUUGUUUUUUAGUGCGUUGAUAAUAAGGGAGACUUCGUAUGGGCUAGUCGGAGCUAGGAACAGUGUGUUCGGGUAGUUGCCAGUGAGGUAGUCAUUUGGUGGGGUAUCUGAGCUUGGGAUUUUAUUGGCAAGGUUUUGUCCUAUAGUGGAGAAGAAAUCAUUGAGUCUGUUUGCUGUUUCAGUUGGUGGGAGUUGGGGUUCAUCUGAUUUUGCUAAUUUUAUUUCGCUAUUUCGUGAUAUCUUUUUUGCUCCCAGAAUUUCUGAUAGGGUUUUCCAGGUCUUUUUUAUAUCACCUCGUAAGUUGGAUAAUCUGUUCUCAUAAUACAAUUUUUUUGCCCUUCUUAUCAGGCUGGUUAGGAUUGACGAGUAACGUUUUGCAAGUGGCAUCCUCUUGUUGCAUUUUGUCAAUUAUUAUUAUAAUAAAAAAAAAAGCGCUAAGCCACAAGGGCUCCCCAUACUGAGUACUACUUCAGUUGUAAUAGUGCACAUACCAGUGAUCUAGAGAAAAGUCUUGUUAUUUAGUUAUACAGAUUUCAUGCCAUAAAUAUAGUUAUUACACUAGUUGCUAUAAUCAUAAAGAAUUGAAUAAUUAUAUACUUGUCUACUACUAACAUUUAUUUUGUAUCAUAUUUAAAUGUGAAAAAAUUAUGGACACUUGAUUCAUAUAUAGGAAAAAAUAGUGCAGAAAUAAGGUUCAUGUACACAACAGUACUAUACGUACUGUAUAUUAAAUAUUUUGAUAAUUACAUACAAUGCCUGCACUUUACAGGAGGGGUUUGGGAUAUUGGCAGUUUGGAGGGAUAUAUGUCCUGGAGGCAGUGGAGAUGUCGUUUCUGAGGGCAAUGUGUGGUGUGAAUGUAAUGCAGAGAAUCAAUAGUUUGGAAAUUAGGAGGAGGUGUGGGGGUUAUUAAAAGUAUUAUCCAGAGGGCUGAGAGGGGUUGUUGAGGUGGUUCGGAUAUUACAGAGGAAGGAAGGAAAUAGAAUGACUUGGAGAGUGUAUAAAUCUGUAGUGGAGGGAAGGCGGAGUAGGGGUCAUCCUAGGAAAGGUUGGAGGGAGGGGGUAAAGGAGGUUUUGUGUGCAAGGGGCUUGAACUUCCAGCAUGUGUGAGCAUGUUAGAUAGGAGUGAGUGGAGACAGGUGGUUUUUAUGACUUGACAUGCUGUUGGAGUGUGAGCAACGUAACAUUUAUGAAGGGAUUCAGGAAAACCAGCUGGCCAGACUUGAGUCUUGGAGGUAGGAAGUACAGUGCCUACACUCUAGAGGAGGGGUGUUGAUAUUGCAGUUUUAUAACUGUAGUGUAAGUUUGCCUCUGGCAAGACAGUGAUGGAGUGAAUGAUGACGAUAGUAUUUCUUCUUUUUCGGGUCGCCCUGCCUUGGUGAGAAGGAAUCGAUGUGUUAAUAAAAAAAAUAGAACAUUUGAUGACAUAAACAUGAGCAGUGAAUAGUUUUUAUGGCUGAAUAUAACUUGCAUGUAUUAACCUCAGUUGUAAUAGUUGUGACUAAAGGUGUUGUAUCAAGAGAAAACAUCAACAUUCACUUGCAAUAGGAAGACACUGUGACCAAACACUUUGUUCACAAUGUACUACAGUACUGUAUUACAAAAUACAUUAGAAUUCAGUUUAUAAUACAAUAUUAUGAUUAUCA